AGGCGACGUAGCGCGCGCACGCGACCAGUGCCGCGGUACCCUCCGGCGCAAGAGCCGCGCUUCGCCAGCCCGUCUACCUCGCCUCGAUAAACAUUAUACAAUACAACUUACCGGCGAUUGUUUUGUAAACUGACCUGUUGUGACAAGGAUUGCUUUUACUUUGACUUGUGCGGUUGAACAGAAGCAAAGUAGCUGUUUAUGUAAAAGGUUACAACUUCGCGUCUGUACAAUGGCGAUGAAAGAAUGGCUACAACGGCUGCCCCCGCCGCGCUCGCUGCUCGCGCUGCUGCUGGCCACGGCUGGCUUCAGCGGGCGGCUGUUCGCCUCGCAUGUCACCAAUUCGCCCACGCUCGUCGUCGACACCUGCCACGCUCUGUGCCGCCUGGUGGGGCUCAUCACCACGCUCAUCGCCUACAAGUUCUCGCGCGCCGACGAGAACGCUGGGCGCGAGGGCAAGCUGCGGAACACGUUCGGCUGGGCGCGUAUCGAGGUGGUGGGCCGGCUCUCCGUGCACGUGCUAUUCGCCUCCUUCGCGUUCGCGCUCGUCGUCAACGCGCUGCAGCUCGGCGUGCACUCCUCGCACGUGCAGCCGCCAAGGUUCCCGCGCGUCAUUGUCGCCACAGCUGUUAUAGGACUGUUGCUGCAUGCGUUGAACUACAUGCUACUUGCCGGUCGCGAGUUGAGCUACAGCCGGCGCCUGAGCAUGACGGAGAGCGGCGGUGUGGUGCUGAAGCAGGGCGUCGGCGAGCCGGUCCUAGCGCACGCGCCCACUGACAUCGCCAGCAGUUUGUUCGUGAUGGGCGCCGGGCUCACGUUGGAGUGGGAGGGACACGCGGCAGGCAUCGUCGAUCCCGCACUCUCUGCUAUCGCCGCCAUUGUGCUUGUUUGCUUCAACUAUCCUUUCAUGCGUUCAGCGGGCAUGAUCCUAUUACAAACCGUGCCAGAGGGUCUGGGCGCGUGCGAGCUGAAGGCGGCGGCGCUGCGCGUGCCGGGCGUGCUGGCCAUCCACGAGCUGCACGUGUGGCAGCUGCACCGCGACCACGUCGUGGCCACCGCGCACGUCGCCUACUCCUCCACACAGGACUACUUGAAGACGUCAGCGCUCGUGUGCGAUGUGUUCAAGCGGCACGGCAUAGGUCUGGUCACGCUGCAGCCAGAGUUCAUGCUGACUCAGCUCGUCGGCACAGAGGAGGAGCAGAAAGCACUAAUACAAUUGGCAAAUGACGCGUGCGGCAACCCCUGCGCGAAGGAAUGCAUCGGGCCGCGCUGCUGCCAGCCGCCUCCGAAACCUAAAGUCGCGCGGGUGUGAGCAGCCAUUGCAGCUGAAUGUUUCUUGCCAUAGCUUCGUACCAAAAAUCAAAGCACCAGUGUCACAUUAGCUUAUCGACGAACGAAAACAUUGCAUGAAAACACACCGUAUCCAAAUAUCAUUAUUUCCCUUUUGAGUUGAAAGGUCGUUAUCCAGCCGUUGUUUUCGUAAAUACGGCAAUUCUUGUGAUUGAAAAGCGAGAGCGAAAACAACGAGACGGCAGUUAAAGCCUUUAUUGGCAAUAUUUCAUUUCUCCUAGCAUUUUCUACUGUUUCAGAGCCCGGGGUCUGUUUUUCUCCAAAUGAAUACGACGACAAGGCAAUAAGCCAGACUAAGUAUUAAAUUGCUGAAUUCACUAGAGCUGUUACUUUGAUUCUUGGUAAUGAAUAGGUAGAUAGUUUAAUCGAUUAAGCUAUUUUCUUAUACAUGUACAUAUAGUAAUUAAAUUAAGUAAUAAGUAAGUGAAUUAGGUACUGUAAAUUCAGUCAGUGUUUAUAAUCUAUAAAAAGAUUUAAACACGAGAUAGGCACAACCAAAGAAAGUCCAUUGAACUGCAGUUGAAAACGAAGUUUCUAUACGAGGCUUAGGCGAGCCUGCGUUCUGCCAGUAGUAGGUACCAGUGCGGGUGAAAGUGAGUGAUGAAUGAAAACAUAGUUCGCGCCGCGGCAUUACUAGUUUACGGUUUGCUGCAUACACGUUACAAAUGACAGUCGGGUAGGUAAUUAGGUUUAUUAUAGCGUCGUCACGAUCGUUCCGCCAUUAUUUUAAAGUUAGCAAGUUGCUAGUCAUAUAACUAGCCACAAAACUCUUUGUAUAUCUUUAAUAUUCAGUUCCUGCAUCUUAUUGAAGAUGACUCCCAAAACUACGACAAAAUCAUUUUGAGAAACGGCUAAGGUUAGUCAGUACUUAUUUUCUGAUUUGUGGUUGAGGUAAGUGCGCCUAUAGGGGCAACUGACCGUAACCUAGCAAAAAGUUGUUGCUUCCCAACUUAACGUACUCUUCCCAGAGAGAAAGCUCGGUCAAGAUGGAAGAGCCUUGUCCCUAAUAUAGACGCACAUGCCCCGACUGACCUUAAUACUGAUAAAACAUGAAUAUGAUGCUCAAAUUUAAUGAAAGUAAUAACCUCCACAUUUAAUAACGUUCAAAGUAAGCCAUUCAUCAUUCACAGGUAGGUACUAUGUAAAAAUAUUCAACAAUAACAGUGUUUGUUCGUUUUAUUACUCAUCAUCAGACAACUGUAUGUUAUGAAUAUUAUGACAGACACCUGUGGAGAAGUUGUUACUGUGAAGUAGGUACAGUCAAGGUAUUAUAUAAAGAAAAGAUUUUCUCACUAAAGUGUCAUUCUAUGGAACCUGCUAACUAUGUAAACAAAAGUCACUAGUAAAUUCAUCAAUUCAUACAGAGACAAUUUUAAUAUGGCGGUUUAUUUACAAUUACAUAAUUAGCAAGUUCCAUAGAAUGACACUCUCUUAUAAUGUAUGGGAAUAUAGUUAAAAGCCGUGUAUAGGUACAUUUUUUGGGACCUUGUCCGUGUCGAUGUCGCAGUAAGAUAGAUAUAGCCGUUAUAUAGUUAUAACCCUAGGGAUAUAAUUAUAUGACGUAACAUAGUUAUACGAAAGCGAUUCAUUACUAUCUUACUAGGUAUAUAACUAUAAUACGGCUUUAGUUUAGUGAUAUAGUUAUAUUACUGGAUUAAGUUUAGUGAAAUAAUUGUAAGUUGGAGUGCAGUGGUGCGGCGGAGGUAUAGUUAUAUCCCUAGGGAUAUAGUUAUAUGCCGUAUAGUACGUAACUACGUAUUAUAAUCAUAUUCCUAGUAAGAUAGUAAUUGUAGGAAUUAGGAGUGCGGCAGUGUGGCGGAGGUUUAGUUAUAUCCCUAGGGAUAUAGUUAUAUGCCGUAUUAUAUUUAUAUUCCUAGUAAGAUAACUAUUGUAUAUAUUUUCAUGCUGCUAUUUUUA